GAGAAAGCUUUUGAAUAGAACAAAACCUAAAAACAGAUUAACUUACAGUGAAACAGAGUAGCUAUAUCAAUCUCUCUAAACUGUGGCCAACAAUGGCAGUAGCAAGAACGGUUUUUGGGCUCGGAACUCUCUCUUACCUUCACCAAGCUCCUCUCUUUCUUAAGACCAGUCAAUCUCUCUUUCCUCGCCCUUCUCUUUCUCUGAAACCUAUGAAGCACGACUUUGUAUGUGUUAAGGCUACUACUAAGAGUUCGACUAGUGAUGAUCUUGAGAGUGGUCGUCCUUCGAUACUCUUUUCUCCCUCCAUUUGGGGAGAUUACUUCCUCUCAGUUUCGGUUGACGAUUCCGAAUUUGAUGACAUAGCGAGAGAGAUUGAAUCCGUGAUGAAGCCAUACGUGAGAGACAGGCUCAUCUCUUCUCACAACAGCAACAAGGACAAGAUUCGUUUAAUCCAUUUGCUUAUCAGCCUUGGCAUCUCGUAUUACUUCGAGAGCGAAAUUGAGAUGAUCCUAAACAAGGCUUUUGAAGAGCUGGACAUGAUAAUAGCCGAGGAAGACGAUUUGGAAACAAUCUCCAUCAUGUUUGAGGUUUUCCGACUAUAUCAACACAAGAUGUCAUGCGAUAGCUUCGUAAGAUUCAAGGGUGAAGAUGGGAGGCUCAAGGAGAGUCUAGUCGGGGAUGUUAGAGGAAUGCUACAAUUAUACCAAGCAGCGCAUCUUGGGACACCCUCUGAUCAAUAUAUAAUGGAGGAAGCCAAGAGUUUCACUAGGAACCACUUGGAGUCUUUGGUAGAGAGUACUACUAUUCCUCCACAUUUCUCCUCACAUAUUCGUGACGCCUUGUACAUAGAUCGAUAUCAUAACAUGGAAAUACUAGUCGCAAGGAAAUACAUCUCUUUCUACGAACAAGAAGAAGGUCAUGAUCUGACGCUUCUCAAGUUUGGAAAGCUCAGCUUCAAUUAUUGUCGUUUACAUUACAUCCAAGAGCUCAAAACUCUCACCAAAUGGUGGAAAGAUCAAGAUAUUCCCUCUAACCUUCCUUGCGUGAGGGAUAGAAUUGUGGAGACCUAUUUCCCUACAUUGGGACUAUAUUUCGAGCCACGAUUUUCACUUGGGAGAAUUAUAAUAGCUAAAAUGACCAUCAUCGUGGUUGCUUUGAAUGACGUGUGUGAUUCAUAUGCAACUUACCCCGAAGCUAAAAGUCUCAUAGACUCUUUGCAAAGGUGGGAUAUUGAAGCGAUUGACGAACUACCAAACUAUUCGAGAAUAGUCCUCCGAUUAAUAUUGGAAACUAUAGGAGAGAUUGAAAGAGAAAUGAAGCCCCGAGGAAGAUCUGCUAGUGUACAACACACGAUAGAUGAGACUAAGAGCUUAGGGAGAGCGUACCUAGCAUUAUCAAAAUGGGCAAGUGAAGGCUAUAUGCCAACCUUUGAUGAGUACAUGGAGGUUGGGGAGGUCACUGGGGGGAUGGAUGAUUUUGCUUUGUACAGCUUUAUCGCGAUGGAAGAUUGCGACGAGAAACCAUUGUACGAAUGGUUUGACUCCAAGCCAAAAAUAUUACAAGCUUUGAGUGUUCUAUAUCGUAUAAACAACGACAUAGUCACCUACGAGAGAGAGAUGAGCAAAGGAGAGGUCGUGAAUGGGGUAAACUCUUACAUGAAUCAACACGGUGUUACUAAAGAAGAAGCGGUUGAAGAAUUGAGAAAGAUGGCUAGAGAUAACUAUAAAAUAGUCAUGGAGGAGUUGUUGACGAUCACUGAUGUGCCACGACCAGUUUUGGUGCGAUGCCUCAAUCUUGCACGCUUGUUCGAUGUGUUUUGCAAGCAUGGUAAUGAUGAAUUCACCUAUCCGCAUGGAAAUCUCAAAGAUCUCAUCACCUCUAUAUUCAUCCAUCCCAUUCCUGUUUGAUCAUAUCACCAUUUUCAAUUAUGCUACUUAAACUCAUCUUUUUAAACCUGUUUUUUGUUUUUUCUUUUUCCAAAAUAAACGAUGAAAUUUGCCAAUAUAUUUAAUUAUUUUCAUCAAUAAUUCUCCAAAAUUUAAAUUUGACUUCAUUUAUU